GUCGGUCUUGUCUGUCGGUCGGUCGGGACUCGCCGUAACUCCGGCAGCCGCCGCUCGAGUUUUGCGAGUCCCGUCCCGCCGGUUCGGAGGCGCUGACUUUCUUCCGAAGUGGCCGCCGCCGCCGCCUCACCCCCGGACGAUCAUGUUCAAGAAAUCGCGGAGGAAUUUCAGGCGGCGGAACGACUCGGAGGAGGAGGAGCGGGAGGAUGGAGUGGCCGAGGGGGGAGGACAUGGAGGCCUGGCGGCCGAGGCCCCGCUCACCAACAACAGCCACGAGAAAGGCGCUGAGCUGCUGCAGCCGCCGCCGCUGCCGACUCCUCCAGCAGCUCCUCAGAUCGGCAGCAGCUGUGAGGCGGGGGCCGUCCUCCCGCUGCUGGGCCAUCCCGCGAUCGGGCUGCCGGGCCCCCUGGCGCCUGUCAGCGCCCUGCCCGCCGCCCCGGCUCCCCUCAAAGCAGGGCCCGGCCUCGCUCCUCCCAGAGCCGCCUCAGGCCUCGCACUUGCGAAAGCCGGGCCCUGCGUCGCUGUCGCAAGACUCGCCGCCAAAGACAAGAAACGGAGCCGCGAGAAGGAAGCGCCCAGGGCGGCGCUGCUCAGCUUCCAGGAUGAGGAGGAAGAAGAAGAGGUUUUUAAAGUGAAGAAAUCAAAUUACAGUAAAAAGAUUGUAAAUAAACUCAAGAAAGAGUACAAGGAGGAUCUUGAAAAAUCCUUGGCAAAAAGUGACCUGAAUUCUCAGGUUUCAACAGAUGUCACAGUAGAUAAACCUGCCUUGGUGAAGGAACCUGUACAAGAUGAUGGCCAAAGUGAGAAAGGAGAGGAGGAAAUGGAGGUAGACAGUGAUGAGCAGGAUGAAGAAGGCAAAGCCAAAGCUGUGGGAGCAUUUGCUAACACUCUAUCUACACUAAAUGCACUUCGACCAGGAGAAAUUCCGGAUGCUGCUUUUAUCCAUGCUGCUCGCAAAAGGAGGCAGAUGGCUCGUGAGCUUGGGGAUUGUCCUGCUGUAGAAAUUGAGACAAGUACGAACCGACUUGUACGUGAAGAUGAGAAUGAUGCUAGUGAUGAUGAUGAUGAGAAGCGCAGGAUUGUUUUUUCGGUGAAGGAGAAAACACAAAGGCAAAAGAUUGCGGAAGAAAUAGGGAUCGAAGGAAGUGAUGAUGAAGCACUGGAUACAACAGAGCAGGAUGAAGAAUUAAAGAUGUGGGAACAGGAGCAGAUCCGAAAAGGAAUUAGUGUCCCUCAGGUGCAAAGCAGCCAUCCAACCGAUUCAACUAAUGUUUACUACCAGAACAGCUACCAGGCUAUGCCAUAUGAUUCUUCCUACAACCUUCCUUAUACAUUUAGCACCUAUGGAACAACAGAAUCUAAACCAAUCAAGACAGAUAAUGCUAUUGCUUUCAAACCUUCCAUUAAUGAGAUGCCUCCUGUUACUAUUGAUUUGGUAAAGAAACGCCUUAAAGACAGGUUGGAUUCAAUGAAAGAAGUGCACAAAACAAAUCAGCAACGGCUUGACAAACUUAAUGAAGAUCUGGAAAACUCAUCGAAAACAAUAGAAAGACUCGAAGGCAUCACGGAUGAUAGUGGACGGUAUAGAUUUUUUCAAGAAAUGCGAGGGUAUGUCCGAGACUUGCUUGAGUGUUUCAAUGAAAAGGUACCCUUGGUUAAUGACCUUGAAUCUGCCAUGCACCAGCUGCUGAAACAGCGGGCUGCCCGGUUUGUCCAGAGACGGCAAGAUGAUAUUAAAGAUGAAUCAUCGGAAUAUUCAAGCCAUUCAAACAAAACCAUUGUGACACCAAGUCUGGAUGCAUUUGGUCGCGACCGAGCUCUGUAUCAAGAAAAUGCUAAACAGCGAAGGAUUGCAGAGAGAGAGGCUCGUAGAGCACGCCGAAGACUGGCCAGAGAACAAGCAGGAAAGAUGGCAGAACACCAUGAAGGUCUAUCAAGUGAUGAUGAAGAAACUUCCACAGAUAUUAAUAGCUUUAAUAUGGAAAACGAUCGAAUUGUUAAUGAAUCAAGAAAAGUAUUUGAAGACGUCUUAGAUGAUUUCUGUACACUUGACUGCAUUAAGACCCGAUUUGAAGUCUGGCGAAAAAUGUACUAUGUUCAUUAUAAAGAUGCAUAUAUUGGUCUCUGCCUUCCAAAACUGCUUAAUCCACUUAUUCGGUUGCAACUCAUCAAAUGGAAUCCUUUUGAGCCAAAUUGUCGUGACUUUGAAAGUAUGCUCUGGUUCGAAUCAUUGCUGUUUUACGGAUGUGAAGAAGGGCAGGAUCCUCAGAUGGAUGAUGUUGACACAUACCUAUUGCCUGCAAUUGUAGAAAAAGUGGUUUUACCAAAACUGACAGGUCUAGCAGAAAAUGUUUGGGAUCCUCUGUCAUCGUCUCAGACAUCCAGACUGGUCAAAUUAAUACUGAAGUUAGUUGAAGGGUAUCCUUCAGUUGUAAAUGGAGAAAAUAAAUACACGCAGACUUUACUAAAGACCAUCAUCUUGAGAAUCAGGAAAGCAGUGGAUGAAGAUGUUUUUGUGCCACUUUAUCCAAAGAGUGUGCUGGAGAACAAGAACUCAGGACCCUACCUGUUUUUUCAGCGACAGUUUUGGUCAGCACUUAAGUUAUUGGAUAACAUUUUGCAGUGGACUAGCAUAAUCUCAAAUCGAACAUUGCAGGAGCUAACAGUGGAUAGUCUUUUAAAUCGCUACAUUCUUCUCGCUCUUCAGAACUCAGAUCCUGGAGAUGACAGCUUGAAGAAAUGUCAGAGUCUCAUCACCUGUUUACCAAAACAAUGGUUUGUUAACCUAAAAGGAGACAAGAGUAUCCCACAGAUGGAAAAUUUCUGCUGUUACCUUGUUCACUUGGCCGAUACCAUCUAUAGGCUAAGCCUUGGCUGCUCUGAUGUAGAAAAACGUACAGCGAGGGAGAAUAUCAAGCAAGUGAUUAAAAUUCUGGCCAUCAUCCAUGCAUUGGACCAUGCAACAGCUGUAGCAAAUGAAUAUGGAGUGAAAGACAUCAAAGCAUUACUUGAUGGCAAAUGAGAUUGUAAGACGGAAACACGAACAUUCCUGCCAUUUGUAUGAUUUUGUACAUAUGUACAGAUGUUUCGUAAACGAAAAUUGAUGGCGUUGUUAAUAACAUUUGUUAUUUAAUAUUUUCCAUCCCUUGUGCUCAAAGGUACAACUAAACUGAAAAACACUCUUUCAGCAGGCAUCCUUUACGCAACAAACUGGGAAUGUAAUUUUUUAAAUCCAACUGGGGUUUCUACCUUUUGAAAAUCCACUGACUUCUCUUUAUCAGAAGCAACUGAAUUUGGAAGAUUUUAGUUGUUCUCGUCCAGAUAAUUAUGGACUAUAACCAGAGAAGAUUACAUCAAAGUACUGGGAACAAACUGUGAAAAUACAAGUCCAACCUGCAGAUAAAGUUUAAACUCAUUGGGUUGCAUUUGUUUAAUUUAGCAAAAAGUGAAUGACAUUUGUUUUAUGGUUUUAAGAACAUAAUAAAAUAA